UUUUUCUGCCUUUGUUUGGAGCCUCCCUGCGGCUUCCUGCUGUCGGCCCCAGCUGUGGGGAAGGCGGAAUUUUCCUGAUAUCGCAGAGCUGCCGCCUGGCAGCGCCAAGCCUGGCCUGGGCCGCCCCACGCCAAGAUUCAUACCCGGCAAACAAGUCGCACUUUGUUCCUGUGGGAAAGUCCGGCCUCUCAGGAAAGAGCCGGCCCCUGGUCUGGGGACGCAGCAGGGCAAACAAAGCCUCCAUCCGCUGGCGAUGACUCAUGGGCCCCAAUGGCCACCUCCGUGCCCGGUGAGAGGACGGAUCUGCUCCAGGGUUGGGAUUCCGAGCCAUCCCUUUGUCCCUUAUCCGGAAGGCCCCGGGUGCGAACCACAGGACGGACGGCCUCCCUCGCCAGCCCUUGCUGUCCCUCCCGUUGCAAAGCAGGGCUAUGUACAGGGCUGCGCAGGGGCAGCGGCAUGGACAGAAGAAACUAGCGGGGUCCCCGGAGACCCCACCGGAAGUUGGCCCAGCCCUGCCCCCUGCCGUUGAGGCCCCAGGGAUUGGCACCAGCUCCUGCUGGGCGGAGUCCUGAUGGCAUGGCCCAGAGGAUGACAAGGAGAGGCUUCAUGCCGGGCUCUCGAUGCAAGGCCCCCACACUUAUCCCGCCAGACAUCUGCAGAGGAGAAUUCCCGGGCUUGACUUCAGGCCCUUGGUGUCUACGGGAGACAGGAAGGAACAGGAAGAAAUGAUGAGGCCGGGGGAUGGGGACUGAGACUUUUGAGAUCCCUGCCCCCCUGGUAGGUUCCCAACAGCAGCAACCACGCUACUACCGCGGGAGGACAUGGAUCCCGUCAGCAGCAGAGCCUGGGCCACGGGUUGGAAGACAAGCAAUCCCGAAGAACAGCGGCUGUGGAGUGGGACUCUGGACAAGGACGAGAAGGUGCGGCCGAGCAUGCGGGCCCAAGUUCUCCACAGAGACAAGACAGACAGGCUGCCAGCGCUGAGAUACCAGAGGGGCUUUACACUUCCGAAGCUCCAGGUCCCAGCCAGGCCUCCUGGGAGCUGGAGACCGUGGGGUGCUCUGCGCAUGUCCAAAGGCCUCAGACCCUGGAGCCUAUGGAGUGCCUCUCAGUCCAAGGCGUGGCGAGGGCGUCCAAAGGUCAGGGAACCUGGCAUUCUGACGCUCAGGGGCAGCAGCGUCCCGGGUCCAGGGGAGGUUCAUUUGCAUUUACUCCACCUUCUGUUUCAUCUGGGCCCAGCCCUCUGGGCGGAGCUGCUCACACUGUGGGCAGAUCUUGCCGACUCAGUCCCCCGACCCACAUGACAAUCAUCCCUAAACCUCCCCGAGAAACGCGCUCUGGACACGCUCGGAAGUCACACUUUAGCAGCUGCCGGUGGAGCCCUGUUGUCUCCCAACACCUACUCACUCUGAGGAGACCACAACGUGUAGAACAUGUCACGACACGCGGGGAACACAGCCGAGGGCCUACCAAGGAAGACUUUCGGAGAAGCCAUCCUGGAGGGUGGAGGGACCCAGGAGGGAAACAGCUCAGUCAAAAUGUCAAGGCAAUAACUCCACAAGAACUUUCGGUUUCCUGCUCCGGGGACAAUCAGGCAGCAGAAGGUAAUGUACAUCUGACCUCAGAAGAGAGGCCCAAGGAGAAGACGCAGCUCAUCUUUUCACUGUGCCCUGAACCAGCUGCGUUCGCCGCAUCCGAGCCUCACAGCCCAUCCUGA